GCGUGGAGGCGCGGGCGGGGGCCGGGCCGCUCGGCGGGCAGGGCUGCGGCAGCCGAGCGGCGGGCCCGGCGCCGGCGCGGAUGGCGGACUCGCAGCUGUUCUGCGUGGCCGAGGAGCGCAGCGGCCACUGCGCCGUGGUGGACGGAAACUUCCUCUACGUGUGGGGGGCUACGUGUCUAUUGAAGAUAAUGAAGUCUAUUUGCCUAAUGAUGAAAUUUGGACCUAUGAUAUUGAUAGUGGGUUGUGGACAAUGCACCUAAUGGAAGGAGAACUCCCUACCUCCAUGUCAGGAAGUUGUGGUGCCUGCAUUCAUGGAAAAUUCUAUGUUUUUGGAGGAUAUGAUGACAAAGGAUACAGCAAUCGACUCUAUUUCGUAAAUUUGCGAACAAGAGACGGCACCUACAUUUGGGAAAAAAUCACCAACUUUGAAGGACAACCACCCACACCACGUGAUAAACUUUCCUGCUGGGUAUAUAAAGACAGAUUAAUUUAUUUUGGUGGCUAUGGCUGUAGGAGACACAAUGAACUCCAAGACUGUUUUGAUGUUCAUGAUGCCUCUUGGGAAGAACAGAUAUUCUGGGGAUGGCAUAAUGACGUUCACAUAUUUGACACAAAGACAAAGACUUGGUUUCAACCAGAAAUUAAAGGUGGAGUUCCACCACAGCCGCGAGCGGCGCACACGUGUGCAGUUCUUGGAAAUAAGGGCUAUGUCUUUGGCGGACGUGUUUUGCAAACUAGGAUGAAUGAUUUGCACUACCUAAACUUAGAUACCUGGACUUGGUCUGGAAGGAUUCCUAUUAAUGGAGAAAAUCCCAAACAUCGGUCAUGGCAUACUUUGACACCAAUUGCUGAUGAUAAGCUUUUCCUAUUUGGGGGACUAAGUGCAGACAAUAUUCCCUUAAGUGAUGGUUGGAUUCAUGAUAUCAAAACAAAUUGUUGGAAGCAGCUUACCUAUUUGCCCAAAACAAAACCCAGGUUAUGGCACACAGCUUGCUUGGGGAAAGAAAAUGAAAUAAUGGUUUUUGGUGGAAGCAAGGAUGAUCUACUUUCCUUAGAUACAGGUCACUGUAAUGAUUUAUUAAUCUUUCAAAUACAACCAUAUUCACUACUCAGGUCAUGCCUUGACUGUAUUGGUAAAAAUGCUAUGAUUUUAGAAAGUCAGAUAUCUUUAUUACCUCCUAAACUUCUGCAACAAGUACUAAAAAAAAUAACAUUUUGGACUGCAGCUAAUCACCGAGAGGAACAAAGAGCACAAAAUGAAGAAACAGAAAAUAACUAUCAUUGGAUUAGUAGCAGUUAAGUUGUUAUGUACUCCAUAUAUGUCAUAUGUUUAAACAUUUUAAACAUUGUAUAUUUUACCCCCCAAAUUGGAGGCUUUAUUUAGAAGAUAAAAUUUGAAACAAAUAUGCUCAGAGACUAUAUGGACUAGGACAUAUGGAAAUAAGAUGUUAAUGGCAGAUUAAUUUAUAUUUGUAUUUUCCUUUUAAGUUGCCAAAACCCCACAUUCUUAAAGAAGUAUAUAGUUAUACAGAUUUUCACUCAGUAUUUAUUCUUUCCUGAAAAAAAUUAUACAUUUUUGAGGAGUAUAAGAUUCAAAUAAAAAACUAUCAACUUUCAGAAAUAAUAGAUUUUUUUCAUCACUCUAAAGUUAGCUUAAGCUUCUCCUUCAAUAACUCAGUUAAAUAGCUUCUUCUCAGAUAACUAAUACAGUCCACUAAAAAUAAUAAAAUAAAUCCUGGUUUUGUAUUAAGUAUUGAAUUCAUGCCUUCCUCACCCCCCACCCCAGCACUUAGUUCAUGACAUUUUCUUAGGCAUCCUAACUUUCUCACCUUUAUUUGAAUAGGGGAAUAAAUGCCUUCAAUUGUCUUUUCAUUACUCCUAAGUUAUUAGUUUGUUCUUUCAUAUCUAAAGACCAUGUUUUAAACUGUCUAAAGAGGUUUAUCAUACAAACUUUGAAAUAUUGAGAAGCAGUAUAUUUCUUAACUUUUGAGACAAUUAAAAUACAUUUCGCCUUGAAGGGUGCUUCUAAAGUAAUUUUCAUAAUGAAAUGGGAUGGUAACCUACUAGCUUGCUUGUAUGGAAAACCCUAUAUUUGGUCCAUAUCAUUCUACAGAGUUGGUGGUCAAGAUUCAGGAUGUUGAAAAUCUAAAUUUCAUUAAUUUUCGUUAUUACCACUUAUCCAGAAAUAGAAUACUAUGUCUUCGUAGUCUGUAAAAUGGUACUUUUUCCAUAACUGAGAAAUUGUUAAUAUUAUCACAGUCAUAAACUUCCACUGAAUUACUAAUAAUGUUGAUACUAAAAAAAUUCAGUAUGUAAAAUUAUUCUCUACAAUAUCACAAUACAUGUUCUCUCUGAAAUCUAAAAUAUUAGAGGAAAUAUAUUUCUAUAGUGAAAUAUAUGU